AGAAAAAAGAAAGAGAGAAAGACAGAGCCAAUGUUGUGAACAGGGGAAUCAAGCUGAGAAAUAAUCCCUAAAAAUCCUUCUCAAAUUAAUUCCCCCAAUUUUUAUCUUUUUUCCCUUUUUGCCACACUCUUUGUGAAUAAUAAAAAAGGAUGCCAAUAAGAGUGGUUAAAAGAUGCUCAAAGAGGCUAUCGAAACGAUAUUACCACUAUGGUCAACUUAUCGCUUCUAGAACCAACCUCCUACUCGUCUUUUCUCUUUCUUUUAUUUCUUACUUUUCUUUGCCCGUCAUUAGAAAACAGCUCUUAUCGCAUACAGCACAGCAUACGACUUCUCUUGACGGUCAGUUUUGGCAAAAUUCACCCCAUGUUCAAUAUGAUAACUCAACAUCAAAUCCAAACUAUAUCAUUCAACAAAUUCGUCUUUCACAUGUUGAUCGUCCAAUCAGUUUUGAACUUGUCCAAAAAGCUCAUUCAAUAUACACAAAAAUAACAACUAACGAAGCCUUAUUUCACAUUUGCCAUCAACAUGAUGAUCAAUGUCUUAUACAUGCGCCUCCUGCAUUUCAAGAUGAACAGGAUUGGAGACAACAAAGUAGCUAUACCCAUGUACAACAUUACGAAUCACAUCCUCUUUCUAUUUAUGCCAAUGUUACGUUUAACAGCAAAGGAGAAUAUAUGAAAGCGGACGCUAUCCUACUUUCAUUCGUACUCAAACAACAACCAGAGACGUUGAACAUAUGGGAAGAAAUUAUAGACCAAGUCAAGCAAGAAUUAGAUAUGGUUGAUAUAAAGCAUGAAGCCUGGAGAAAAGCCGAUUGGUACUGGACCACUCUAGAUAUCCCUUCACAUACAUUACAGUACAAGGCAAGCCUAUUAUUUCUAUUAUUGUCCAAUAUAUAGAUAACAAGUUUUAAU